AUGUCGAUGUCGCCGGCAAUGGCGGCGCUGUUCGAGGCCGCGGAGACGGCGGCCAUCGUGGCCGCCCUGACGCGCGUCAUUGCCAGUGACGACGGAGGACGUGGUGGUGGUGGUGGCGCGACGGGCGUCGUGCCGCUGCCCGCGCCGUCCUGGGUCGUGCCGCCGCGGGCGGCAAUGGGUGGGCACGACGGAUUGCGGGGGGAGGAGGAGGAGCUGGUCGGCGUCGUCUCCGUGCGAGGCGAUCACGCCGGCGAGGUGGCAGCCGUGGUGGCGCCGGAGAUGGCGGCGGCAGCGACGCCGCCGCCGCGGCGGGAGCGCAGGUACCGCGGGGUGAGGCGGCGGCGGUGGGGCAAGUGGGCGGCGGAGAUCAGGGACCCGUGGAAGGCGGCCCGCAUCUGGCUGGGCACCUUCCCCACCGCCGAGGACGCGGCGCGCGCCUACGACGCCGCCGCGCUCCGCUUCCGCGGGAGCCGCGCCAAGCUCAACUUCCCGGAGGAGGCGGCGUCCCGCCAGCGCUUCCCACCGGCGGGGCUGCCCCUGGCAGGGCCACGCUGGCCCGGCCCCGGCGACGGCCACGUGGUCCGCGCGCCGGUGACCACGCACCAUCGGAGCACUGGCGCCAACGGCUACUUGUUGGGUUCUUGGAACAUCGGAGCCCCGCCGCCGCCGCCGCCGCCUCCUCUCCCGUGUGGAAGCAAUGGAACAGAAAACCGCGGGGAAUAG